AUGGCUCUCCAGACCAGAGUCGCUCCGAGCAAGGGCAGUGAAAGGAGAGCUGACAUCACAAUAUUUUGCAUCAAAAAAGAUGACAGUGUAAAACAACUUUUAGCAGACAGUGUUUUUGAAAGCAACUUCCCAGGCUCUUGGUGCUCACGCCUGUGUUCUCCACAGCGUGUUUUGCAGAAUCUUCUUAUAUGUGUCAUCCUCUUCUACACCAUGUACUAUGCAGUUCUGAGCAUGUGCUGCAUGAUGUUCAAGGUGUAUGAGUUGGAUGUCCUGGCACCAUUUGAUUUCAAAACAAACCCCUCAUGGCUCAACACAAAUAAUAAAGUUCUUCUAGUCUCAACACAGGUCACCUACUUUGUUUGCGGAUUGCUUUUCAUUCUGGUUGUAGAAGAAUGGGUCUGGGAUUAUGCUAUUUCAGUCACUAUUCUUCAUGUUGUCAUCACUUCCACUGUUAUGUUGGAGUUCCCCUUGACAUCACAUUGGUGGGCUGCUUUAGGAUCCGGCUUAAUUUCAAUGAUAUGUGGAGGCCAGGCUUUCGCAUACUGUUUGUUCAAAGACAACUUUAUCUAUCCAGAUCUGGAUGAGUUUUAACAGAACAGCUGAAUUAAUUCGCCUCAGACUUUCUAUAUUAUUAUAUACAUUGUGUCGCAGCUAAAUUGUAUUUUUUUGUUCACACCGAUAUGCAAGGUUGAAUUUAUUCUAGAUACUUUAUAACCAUAAAAAGAAAACGAGGUGUUAGUGGAGAGCAGAAGAAUCCUAGGAAGGUAUUCAUGAGCAAAAUGUUGCCAAACUCAUAAAAUGCAUUGUUUACCAAAGUGUAUUUGAUAGAACGCUAGUUCUGUAGCAUGUGAGUAGUACCACGCAAGGAAAAAAAGUUGCAUGUUUAAGUAUAUUUGUGGAUUCCUGGGUUUAUGUAAAACAGACGUUUAUUUUAGGACCUCUCAGAACCUUCAACGUACUACUGUGAACAGGGCAUCUCAAAGCAGCAGUACAAAUUAUGCACCAUUUUGCAGCUGUAUUUGACCCAGGGACACACUUUAGAAUAUGCUGAUGUAUCAUGUGGAAAGUAUAACAUAGGUGAGAGCGGAGUUAAAACUGUUACAAAUCUCUAUAAGCAGAAUUAGAUUCUAUUACUGUUCCAUAGUGUUGUUUCUUGUAAAAUUAUUGCCUUUUUAAAAAUAUUAGUGUCCAUUUCCUUCCUUAGACUAUGUUCUUCUAACAUAGUGCUUCUCAAAAUUUAGUAUGCAUUUUGAAUCACCUGGAAAACUUGUUACAAGGCAGAUUUUGGUUUAGAGGGGCUGGGAUGAAGCCAAAGAUUCUGUAUAUCUUUUUUUUUUUUUUUUUGAGAUUUAUUUAUUUAUUUUAGAAAGAGAGAGACAGAGCACAGGGCGAGGGGCAGAGGAAAAGGGAGAGAAUCCUCAAGGCAACUCCUCACUAAGCAUGGAGCCCAGUGCGGGGCUGAAUCCCAUGAUGCUGAGAUCAUGACCUGAGCCAAAACCAAGAGCUGGGCGCGUAACUGACUGAGCCACCCAGGUGCCCCUAAAAUUCUGUAUAUCUAAAAAUUCCUGGAAAAUGCCUGUCUGGUCCAUGAACCACAGUUUGAGUAACAAGGUCUAAGUGGUUGGGACCAGAUAUUUUUUAAGGUUAUAUAGCUCUGUACUGCCAGUCCUAUGUUUAUUCAAUAAAUGUUUGUUGAAUUAGAUUAAAACUGAGGCGAGUUACACCUCCAUAAUUGUCUUAAAUAUUUACCACUUUUAAAUGUAGUUAAAAUACCUUUUAAUAUAAAAGAAGUGCAUACCAAGGUUACAACUAAAAUAUAAAUAUAGGAAAAAGGAUAGGAAAGUAACAUUCACCACUUCCCCUCCAUCCAUAUAUUCCCACACACAAACAUUUUUGGGAAACAAUUAGAAACUAAAUUAAACCAGCUCUGGAAUUUUUUCCUAGAUGACUCUUUUUACUCUAAAAAUCUCUUUCUUUUGGGGUGCCUGGCUGGCUCAUUCAGUGGAGCAUGUGACUCUUGAUCUUGAGGGUGUGGGCUCGAGCCCCAUGUUGGGUGUAGGAAUUACUUAAAAAUAAAAUCUUAAAAAAAAAAAUCUAUGUUUUCCAUAAAGAUUUGCAUCCAACCACUAAGAAAUGUCAUGCUAAUUAUAUGUAUUUCAGGUAACCUUCCAAAAACUACUUUGUGUUGACCAGUUACUAGUUAGAUAAUUCAAACUUCUCAUGCACAUGUAAGUUUGAAAAUAAUGAUACUCUCUUCCUUGCUUCUUUCUCACAUGUACUUAUUUCCACAAACUUUUGUCUUCCACCCAUUAUUCUCAAUUUUCCCAUUACUUUCCUCCAAAAUAUUUAGUCAUGGAAGUAGCAAAAUAUGUAACUCACUAAAUCAGUCAAAGGAUUGUAAAUUCCUAUUAUUAAUAAAGACUUUGUGUCAUCUUUAAAGGAAGGCAGCAUAGGACAGCUAUGAACAGGUCAGCAUUAUGAUCUUUGAUUCUCUAAUUAAAACCCCACUGACAGCAUACAGAAAAGAGUGUCUUGUUAGAUAUAUAACAAAACUCAAUCCUGCUGUAUGAAAAAUACAAAUAUCAAACAAAUCACUGAUGAGAAAGUUUGACCCUAUAGAAACUCACACAUGGAAGAGAUUUACAGAAACAUUAAAACUGCCUAAAUAAGUUUGAUAAUUAAAAAAAGAUUUGGUUGAUUAAGUACUUUUUAAUAUACUGAGAAUUAAGUUACACUAGUAAAUUAGAAUAACAAUUUCUCCAGACUCAGAAGACCAUAAUAUCUUGUCAUUCUGUAGUGUAGCUUAAUUAGCAUGUUUAUUUCUAGGAUUAGGAAUCCAUCUGCUCAGGUAAUUACUAUUGUGUGAAUCCUUCUCUUUAUUUUUUUUUUCUCCUGAUCACAAGAAUAAUCUGUGAUUUUCUUCUCUUACUCAUUAAAGUGAUUAUCAUUAUCUAUUUGAUGACACCAUUUGGCACACAAAAAUUAAAAAUACAAUUAGAGUACAUAUUUUAGCUUAAAUAUAUUGUAAAUCAAACAUAGCAAAUAAUAAUCACUUUAGCUUUUAUUGCUUUGAACUGUAUAUUAACUCAAAGACCAAGAGUCAUGCCCACUUAACAUACUUUUCCAGUGUCCCUCACAGAAUCAUAAGAAGAUGAAAUCCUACCCAGUAUUUUGAUGCAUAUUUUUGAGGCAGGACUGAAUUUACUUACAUAUUUUUUUAAAAGGUAAUACUUUUAUGUCAUGCACAACCUUCCAUUAAUAUCCCUUCCAUUACUAUACCAUUGUGGUAUAAUGUAAAUCAAUUUGCAUAUUCCUUUAAUAAUGUUAUUAUUUCCCAUAUGAAUGAAAAAUAUCUUUACUUUUGCUGACAAUGAUCCCAAAAUAUAUAUAUAAGGACUAUUUUCAUAGCUCUAGUGUAAAGAUUAGGCUCCUAUCUACAAUUUAAUGGGCUUUAUUAAGCCAAUGUACCCCAGUAGCUGAAUUGAUAAUUUCAAAAGCUGUUUGCUAUCACUCUAAAGCAGUAGGGAUUAUUCUAUAGACAUGCAAACAGGGGCACCUGGGUGGCUCAAGUUGUUAAUAUCUAACUCUUGCUUUCAGCUCAGGUUCAUGAGUUCAGUGUCAUGAUCUCAAGGGCAUGAGAUUGAGCUCCAUGUCAGGCUCUGCACUGACCAUGGAGCCUGCUUAAAAUUCUCUCUCCCUCUGCCCUUCCCCUCCUCUUACCCUCUCCCUCUUAAAUAAAUAAGUAAGUAAGUAAGUAAAUAAAUAAAUAAAUAAAUUCUUUUAUUUAAAGGAAAUGUUAACAUAUAUACUACGAGAUAGAGAAUUUUAUGACAAACAUCCUAAGGAGAAACAAAGGCAUUUCCUAAAAUUGUUGCUCCAUAAACUUUGUAAACCUGAAUUGCUAGGCAAAUAAGUCUAUAACAAGAACAUCCAUAGAUAUGUUUGUGGUAAAAAUCUCAGAAAAGGGAAGAAACACAAUUUGGUUCAUAUGAAGAUAAUCUAAUUCUUCUACAGAAAUUUCCUACUGCAGAAAAAGGCCUCAUAAAAGAUGUAAAAAUUUAAGAAUGUUUCACAUUUUUAAUAGAGGACAAUAAAGUUACAACUUUUCCAAGCAUUAUGCUUUACUUACCUUAGCGUUUCUUUUAGAUUUUCUUUUAUUCUAUCUAAAUGUUCUGGUAGUUCAGUAACAAGAGGACCAAAGCAUCCUUAAAAACAGAGUUAAUUACCAACUGACUCUCUUGAUGAAGAAUAUUCACUCUCUCCCAUAUGACCAAUAAUUCAAAUAGGAAGGAAUUAAAAAUAUUACCCCAAUAAUUACCUUAAAUUAAAUAUUUAAUAAUUUAAUAAUAAUAAUUUAAUAAUAAUAAUAAAUAAAAAUAUUUAAUAAUUACCUUAAAUUAAACCUGCACAAAGUAUCAGUUUGUUAAUCUAGCUGAUAUCAUAGUUAUUUAAAACCGAACUCAUCUUACUAUUCCUGUAUAUCUCUUAUAUAUUAACACUCUUAGAAAUUAUCACUGUAAUAUAUUAUUUAUUGUUCAAAAUAGGAAAAUAUAAAAGUUUUGAAGAAGACAAUAAAGAUCAUUCAUAAUCUCAAUUUAGUAUUUGUGUGUGUGUGUGUGUGUGUGUGCAA